AGCCAAGCAAGCGGAAGAGAAAUCAGGAUUAGCGGAUCGGGCGGAAAGCCUGGAAUCCUACCCUCUUGCAGCCUGAUGGAUUAUGCAAAGAAAUCGCUGGGUCUUCUCAGCCCCCGAUCACUUUCCAAAUGUGUGUCGGCCAGUGCUUCCGUCACCCAGCAGCUGCUGGCUGGCCCUGCUCCCCGUCCAAGGCCCUACCGCGUGAACAACUGUGAGCGCACCCUGCGGAAAGGCAUCGUGGCAGAGACGCUGAAUGACCUGCUUGAGAAAGUACGAACUGCUCUGGACUUAGUGGGGUCCCUCUCCCUUGUCUUGGACGAAGAUGGCACCAGCAUAGAUUCGGAGGAAUUUUUCCAAACUCUGGAAGAGGGAACGGUAUUGCUGGCCUUAACUGAGGAACAGGUGUGGCGUCCAGCUAAGAAAGCCGGCUACCAGCUCUCGCUGUCCCACAAGCCUCGCCGUCAUAUUGACGUGGCCCGUAUCACAUUCGACCUGUACAAGACCAAUCCCCAGGAUUUCCUUGGCUCUUUGAACAUCAAGGCUACGCUCUAUGGGACCUACAGCAUGUCCUAUGAUAUGCAAUGCUAUGGCGCAAAAAGGAUGGUAAAGGAAGCUCUCCGCUGGACCCUUUUCACCAUGCAAGCCACGGGACACAUCCUGCUGGGCACUUCCUGUUACAUGCAGCAUUUGCUGGACGCUCCAGAAGAACAAAAGGAAUCAACUCUGACAUCGUCGUUCCCUCCUUCCCUCGCUCUCCCCUCCUCUCUCACCCGGAGAAUGUUGCAAUGAAUUUGGGGGGGUGUGCGUGUCCGGAGGACAGAGAUGUUUUCUGCUCCCCUGCUGCUACGGACUCCGAACGAACCCCGGGAGGGUUGACAUCCUAUAUGUAAGGCACACACAGAGAUCCCAGAGGGGGGAGACAUGGGCACCUCACUUGCACCUGCUGGAGUGGAAAAACACAGCCAACCUCAAGCCAGGUUAUGGGAUUCUAGGCACUUCACUGUUUCUUGUAGGUUGUAAUGUGCAUCCUUCUUCUUGUCUAACUCUGCAGCCUGAAUCAUGAAAAUGCCAAGGUUUCACCUUUCUAUAUAUAUAUAUAUAUAUAUGUAUUAUUUUUUUCCAACACACAUAGGUAAGCCCACAGUCGGCAUGAUGCCACAUUGACUUGUAUUAUUACACUGUAAAUAUGUGAAUUAAAAAAGAGAUAUUUUC